GUGACAGAGAACUGACAACUGACGGACGGACUCGCCGCGACGAACGCUUGCCUUUUCUAAUUUUUUUCAACCACUUGAGAUCGUUAUAAGGCUUUAAAAAUUUGCAAGACCACACCUUCAUAACCACCGGCCAUGUAUUACAUAUUGGCGAGCAGCAGAGAAAAAAAUAAAAUUGAGCCGGUAUCAGAUUACAUGUACUUUUCCUGUGGGAGCUGCUCUCGGCAUAAUAAGACUGAGCAUAGGCAGCUUUUAAACUUUUAUCAAACCCUCUGUCAGCCAUGAACUUCGUGCCCUUUCGAAUUCUGGUCUUCCUCUAUGGAAGUGCAGCCCUUAUUUUCCGGCUUUACUGCCGCUUUUCCAACUGGAGCGACCAACUUUUCCUCCAGCCAGUGGAUGAUAUUUUGUUUUUCGACUUUAUUGUUGUUGGAGGAGGAUCGGCUGGUGCUGUUGUUGCCGCUAGAUUGGCUGAGGACAAAGGUCACUCGGUUCUGUUGCUGGAGGCCGGUGGACCUCCAAGGGAUGUUUUCAACACGCCCAGUGUUGCUCCCUUAUUACAGAAGACUGAUUACGACUGGCAAUAUGUGACUGAGCCUCAAAACAGCUCCUGCUUGGCUCUUGAGAAUAGAGCAAGUAUAUGGCCUCGAGGAAAAAUUUUGGGCGGUUGCAGUAGAUUGAAUUUCAUGAUGUACGUCCGAGGUGAUCCGAAAGACUUCGACUCUUGGUCUGAUCAAGGAAAUCUAGGCUGGAGCUAUGAUGAAAUUUUGCCUUAUUUUCGAAAGUCUGAAACCUUUAAAAAAUCGAAAAAUAGUUUCAGAGGUAGCAAUGGUCCUUUCCACAUAGAGUUUCUAAAGUGGACUUCAGAUUUGGUGAACAUAUUUUUGGAAGGUGGUAAAGCUCUAGGAUACUCAACUGGUGAUUUAAAUGCAGAGCUGACUGAAGGCUUCAGUAUUACUCAAGUACAUGGCUUGAAAGGUCAAAGGCUAAGCACAGACACAGCUUUCUUGGCAAAACAUUCGACCAAUCUGAAAGUCCUCACUUACGCUCUUGUAGAAAAGAUUUUGCUGAAAAAUUCUAAAGCGUUUGGAGUUCAAUUCAAUGUUCUGGGCCAAAGAAAAUUUGCAUUUGCUGCCAAGGAAGUAAUUCUCAGCGCCGGAGCCAUCAAUUCACCACAGCUGCUCAUGCUUUCUGGAAUAGGUCCAGAUGAGCACUUGCAGCAUAUGAAAAUAAACGUGGUGCGAGACUUGGCAGGAGUUGGUUCCAACCUACAGGACCACCUCACCACAGGUGCCAAUAAUGUAAUUUUGGAGGGAAAGUCUUCUGGUAUGGGUUUGACACUCCGUGAUAUGCUCUCCCCAAGCUCAAUUUGGCAGUACUUCUCUUCAAAGACAGGUCCAAUAUCCUCCAACGGCUGUGAGGCGUACGCUUUGGUUUAUUCCUCUGAUAUUAUAAAUCGAACGACCAAUCCGCCUGACAUUCAGCUGCUCUUUUUUCCAACUGGGCACAGCUUUGAAGCUGGAAAAGUGAUAAAAGGCAUGACAGGAGUCACUGAUAAGAUUUGGGAAGAAUAUUUUUCUAUCUAUGAAGAGAAAACGGUAGCUAGCAUUUUUGCUGUUUUAUUGCGACCAAAAAGUAGAGGCCUUAUUCGUCUAAAGUCGGCAAAUCCUAAUGACGCUCCUCUGAUUGACCCACAAUACUUAACCCACAAAGAGGACAUAGAAACCCUAGUUCGAGGAAUGCAUUUUUUGCACAAGCUGAUCACGUCGGAGCCUUUUGAAUCUAAUGGUGCUCUUUUCAACGAAAUGCCCUUACCUGGAUGUGAGCAUUUCAAAUUUGGAUCAGACCCGUAUUGGGAAUGCUAUGUGAGGCAUUUGUCUGGGACAGUGUAUCACCCUUGCGGCACUUGCAAAAUGGGACCGUCCAGUGAUUCGGCCGCGGUUGUUGACUCAAAAUUAAGAGUUCAUGGCAUUCGAGGACUACGAGUCAUUGACGCUUCCGUCAUGCCAACUAUUGUUGGUGCUAAUAUUAAUACAGCAACAAUCAUGAUAGCAGAAAAAGGGGUUCAAAUGGUUAGAGAUUAUUGGACUAAUUACGCAGUCAGUUCCACUUGGGCUGAUAUUUUCUUUCCCGACAAACGUUGCUUCUGAAUAGAGGGAAUGCGAUUUUUUUCUUGUUUCUCAUUUUUAAAUGUUAUGUCAAUAAUUGAUAUAUAUUUUUUUUUUAAAUCA